AUGCCUGUGAAGAUCGUCGCCGUUGAUUUCGAGACUAAUAGUCUGCAAGAUCGGCUGGCGAUAGUAGGUGCAAACAUGGUUACUUGUUGGUAUCCAAACGGUGAUGGGCUGAUUAAAGAGUCGGAUUGUUUCGUUCACGAUAAUGGAGAAGAGAAUUUCUAUGCUGUUGGAUGGGCUAAAUCGACUGGUCCCCAAGCCCAGUCUGUCAUUGUCGCUGGUGGCUUACUUGGAGACAUCCAAGUUAUUUAUGCUAAUGACCUUAGUCUUGUUAAGACUUUGCCAGGCCAUUCACUCCCUGUGAAUGACAUCGUAUCACAUCCUAAAUAUCCUUCUUAUAUCCUUAGUGCAAGCACGGAUCGAACAAUUAGAAUGUGGUGUGUUGCCAAAGGCGUAUGCCUUCAAAUGCUUGCCAAUGAUAUGGAUGAACAAAUGUUUUGGAGCUUGGCUGAGCCAAAUCACCCUAAUCGCGUGAUAGGAUCCGGUGAAAAGAAACAGAUCACAUCCUGGUAUACGGAAGCAUUUGCUGGGAAGAACCAAAGUUCAUAUGGUAGCAAAGACUACAAGUUUGGAACCGAUAGGCCUAGACAGUAUUAUCAGAUUGGUCGCACUAAUGACCCUCCUCGCACUUCCUCGUACAAUAGACCAGCAUAUGUGGACUGUAGCCGGUACAUUGACGAAACUUGCGUUUUAUCACUGGAGCGUGAUGUUGGUAUAACCUUAUGGAAAAGUACUACGUAUGAUAAAACAGACGAAAAAACUGUUUUAGGAUUCCUUGAUAUACCAGAUUAUGGGACGUCCAAGGCUAUGAUGGGGAACGGAUCCAAAAUUAUUGCAAUUGGGAACAAACUAGGGAAAGUGUAUGUCCUAGACUUCACAAAACUCCAAGAGCCUAAACUUCUCGCAUUAUUAUCAGAUGAUUCCAGUUAUGCAAUUACACAUACAACAAUAACUGCGGAUGGAGGGUAUAUUGCUAGCAUCAACGAGGAGGAUGGAAUAGCAAGUAUUUGGAUAAGUAAAGAAGAACAGCAAAAGGAAAAGGAAAAGGAGCAGGCAACGGGACCGACGCAGAAGACUGACAGACGUGAAUUGGCUAAGGAUCCGGAACGAGAGAAAAUGGUUAAUAUGGCGAUCGGAAGGUUUUUGUCCGAAAUCGGAGCUGACUUCGAUGCGGCGAGUUCUGUUCAUUUCAAGACGUGGGUCGAUGAGGCUGUUUCUGGAAAAUUUGGUCUUCCUCUGCCUGCAUACGAAGGCCUCAGAUGUUUGUUAUUGAAGAGUUGCGUAGGGGAAAUGGAGAAAUAUAUUGAAGAAUGCAGAUUGAUGUGGAAGAAGAAAGGUUGUUCCCUUUUAGUCCAGGAAUCGAACUCGGAUCAAGGCCGGAAGUUCCUUAAUUUCUUGGUUUACUGCCCUAGAAAUUCAGUGUUUCUGAAGUCCGUUGCUGCAUCGCCGAUGUUUUUAGCUUCUGAGGAUAAACUGUUGGAGUUACUUAAGACGGUGGUUGAAGAGGUUGGUGUGGCCAAUGUUGUUCAAGUUGUCACCAAGUGGGAAGAUCAUUACGUCUCUGCAGGGGCAAGGUUGAUGAAAGAGUACCCUUCUCUAUACUGGGUUCCUUGUGCUAGUCAUUGUAUAGACAAGAUGUUGGGAGAAAUUGGGGAGAUUGGGUGGAUAAGCGAAAUCAUCAAAUCAGCUCAAGCAGUCACAAAGUUUAUCUACAACCACAGUGGUGUUUUGAAUCUUAUGAGGAAACUGACUUUGGGCACAGAUAUCGUGAAGCCAGACUGCAGCAGCUCCACCACCAGUUUUGUAACAAUUGCCAGAAUGGUGGAACUAAAACCCAAAUUGCAGGACAUGGUUAAGGAUGAGUUUUGGAAUGAAGUUGGUGGAUCAUCAUCAUCAUCGGCCGCCGAGUCUAUCAACUCAGAGAGUUUCUGGGAGAAGCUAACAAUGGCAAACCAAAUAACUGGUCCUCUGUUAAAUGUUUUGAGGGUUGUUGAUUCAGCAAGGAAGCCUGCAAUGGGGCUUGUCCAUGCGGCAUUGUACAGAGCCAAGGUAGCUUUUAAGAAACAUCGGGCUUCGGAUUACACUAACUACUGGAAGAUCAUCGAUAAGUGGUGGUAUCAAGGAGUUCCUUUGUAUGCUGUUGGGUUCUAUCUCAACCCCAACUUUAGCCGUAAGCUAGACAAGAUCUCUGAUGCGGUGAAGAAGCUGGAAAGUGACUACGAAGAGAAUAACGAGGCCAAGGACAAGGAUGCUGUUCAGAAAAUUGGAUCAUCGUUUCUUGCUGAAUGGGCGUCUAUACAUGGAUUCUCCUGCGGGAAGCUGUCACCAUUUGCCAUACGCCUUCUGAGUCAGACAUGCAGCUCACUGAUUGGCUCUGUGCGAAUUCCGACACUUUAUGAGUCGAAGAACUCCAUUGAGCGACGACGUCUCAGCUACAUCGUAUUUGUUCAGUACAACAUGCGCCUCAAAAGCCUGGGCCGUAGAAGCGGAGAUGGUUAUGUAGACCCGUUAUCUCACAGCAACAUGGGAGUUCUUGAAGACUGGAUUUCAGACUGGGAGUUGGACGGAGAUGGAAUCUCAGACUGGAUGUCCGGCUCAGACUGGAAGUCACUCGAUUCCAUUGAGAUCACAGAAGAAUUAAAGGUUAUCGAUGAAACAGACUUGGAUUCAGGCGAAGGUUUCUAUGAUGAAGAGAUAUUCAAGCUGAGUGAUGGAAGUCUAAAGGCAUAG